CGAGAGAAAGAGACAUGAGACAGUGAAAGGGUAGACUGUUUUGAAUUGACCCAUUUCUGCAAAUUGAUUCUUGGGUUCUGAGAUUGAAAGGGAAGCAAAGAUUUUGGGGGCCUGGGGUUUCGUUUUUGCCUUGUCAUUGAAGCAAAACAAAAUUGCAGAGAGAGAUAGAGAGAGUACUCAGUAAACGGAUUUUGAAUCAUAUGGGGAUUUCUUUUCUCAAGUGAGUUGUCAAAAGAGAAAGGAUUGAGGGAGAUGGUGACCAGAUGAUCACUUCUCUCUCAAGAAAGAGAUAUCAAAGCAAACAGACAAAGAAGAGAAGCAUUUAGAAGUAGAGAAUCCAUGUCACUGUAGCACUAAUCAUGCAUUGAAAAGCCAUUGCUCUUUUAUCAGCCUUGCUCAUUCAUUCCCUGUCAUCUUCAUCAUUAUCACAUCUCUCUCUCUAGAUUGUUCCCUUUCAUCAUCUCUCUCUCUCUCUAAAAGUUUUGAUCAUCAUCAUCAUCAUGGUGGCUUGCAAACAGUUGAAAGGUUGGCGGUUUCCCAUCAUCACCACCAUGAUCAGCCUGCACAUUCUGUGUUUGGUUUCUGCAACCAGCAGGCCUUUACCCCACGAUCACAGAUCACAGAGCACGCAUGAUAGAUGGGUGUCCGCACAGGAGGAUGAUGAUAAGAAUGAAUCAAUGAAGAAUAAGAAGGUGUUUUGGGAUACAAGACUUGGUUCAAGGCCACCAAGGUGCGAUAACAAGUGUGGGGGAUGCAGGCCAUGUGAAGCCAUUCAGGUUCCCACCACUACUGAUCAUCUCCACCUUCACUAUGCCAACUAUGAGCCCGAAGGCUGGAAAUGCAAAUGUGGAGCCUCUUUCUACAACCCUUAAAACUAAUUAUAUUUACAUUUUAAUCAUAACUAUCCAUCAUUCAUAUCGUAUCUCUAUAUGAUAUUGUACAACUUUUCGACUUGAGAUCCGAUCAAGAUCAAGCAUCAAAAAUCUCAAGCCCAUGGAUGUAUAAAUUUUUCGCU